UUGAUAUAUUGUCGAUAUCCAUCGCCAACUGAUCAAUGCAUCGAGCUCUGUUCGUUUGUGAAAUCCUCCUGAGCAUAUUCACGCAUGUCGAUAAAUUCUUACCAUGGUCAUGUCACCCGAGGUCAUCGGCUUGGAAAUCUCUCGCAGCACUUGCAAGGACAUGCAAACCCUUUCACGAGCCCGCGAUGGAUUUUCUUUGGGCUGACAUAUAUGAGAUAACACCACUGCUAGGCUGCGUAACGAGGCUAAAUCAAAUCAUAUAUCGGAACUCACAAUACCACUGGUCCUCUCAAGACAUUGAACCUUUAUCUGAGCAUGAGGCCCGUCAAUUUUUGCGGCACGCUACCCAUGUGCGCUCACUGCGCGUAGAAAGCAGCGAGCAUUUUCACCUCUUGGCAAAUCUUCCCAUCGAAACAUGCAUUUUCCCGAGUCUGUCUUCAUUAUCCUUUAUCGUCGAUCAUCCUCACGCUAAAUACCUGCAUCUCUUUCUAUCCCCUACUCUGCGCAAGUGCAGCCUAUCUGUCAUCCAUCCGGAUUUCAAAUAUAUCGCGACUCGUUUUGCUGCUUUGGAGGACUUGUCCAUCAAGCCCGGGUCCUUUGAUGACAGCAUAGCAGAUGAUUUGCCUCUGCUGUCUAAUACUGUCCGUUUGUGCAAGCAGCUUACAAAUCUGUAUUGCCCACCUCUCAACUGGGCAGCUUGGAGGCACAUUUCCAACCUCCCAACCCUCCUCACAGUGGAGAUUAGCGAUCUGCCCAGGGAUCAUCGCUGGCCUUUGGGUCGGGACACCCACAACUUCGCACAUUUCCGCAACCUCACAAGUCUUUUUUUCUUUGUAGACACGGCCACGUACACUAUCGCAGUCAUUCAACACUCAGAAUUCCCCUCGCUACAAGAGUUUGUAAUAACAGUCAGGGAUUUGCCUUAUGCGGAGGCCAAGCAACUUUGUCGCGCGCUGUCCCAGUGCAAGGCAAAUCAGAACCUUGAACGCAUUGAGAUAAUCUCCCCUUAUCACACAGUUAGGGGGCCCCCGAGCAGUGUGAUCACACAAUUCUUUUGUUUCACCCAGCUCCGAACCUUGGAACUCGACUUUCCUCAUUGCUGCUUCAAUCUUGAUAACAACCUUCUUUUGGAAGCCAUGGCAAGUUGGCCACACAUAUCCUCGCUGAUAUUGGUGGACGAGAAAACGGUACCCACUGUCACAUUCCGCGGACUAUUCACAGCGCUCCUUCAAUGUCCCCACUUGCUUAACUUGGACAUGUCAAUAGACGCUGUGAGAAUCGAUAUCGAUCCUACAGCCGAGUCAUUUCGACAUACCACCCUAGAAUUAUUGAACUUGACCCGGUGUCGUGUAGCGGAUGCUGAAGCUGUUGCUCGCAUCCUCUUCUCCAUGCUCCCUCGUAUCAACGAAGUCGCCGACAACCGAGACCCAUUUGACUCAUGGGACAUGAACAUUGACUUUCUGAAGCAGUGGGAGGAGGUUAACAGGCAUCUCGAUCUUUUAAAUGGCCGCGAGCCACGAAGCUCCGAGUUUGAUUCGGACUGAUGUCGGUGAAUUUUCUGGAGUUGUACAUGGCAAUAUGCUCGCGUCAUUUUUGCACCAUGCUGGCUAUGGUACAGUUCUCAUCAUCGUACUUUUCUUUUUCUGGCCUCAUGCAUCCUACGCUACCGAACAACGUCGCUCUCGGAAAAUGAGAUCCAUACUCUACUAGUACUUAUUCUAUGUGCCUUCCAAUGCAUGUGCGCUGUUGAAUAAUGUAAUUGAUGAGAGCAUAUGCC